AGCUAUCAUUUUAUUUGAAUACUUUUUUUGAAUGGGCUCGCGCUCGUCGUCGGCUUCGUCAAGCUCGAGAACCGCCACUCCAAGGCCAGGUCACAGUUGGCUCAAUUCUCACUUGACGAAGAUCUGGCCGUAUGUAAAUGAGGAGGAGAUACAUGAACUGCUACUGAGUUUUGCUGAAGCUGGAGCUACUGUUGUGAGACUAAAAGGAGGGGAACCACUGGUGUUUGGAAGGGGUGGAGAGGAGAUGGAUUUUUUGCAAAAGCAAGGAAUUCAAGUGCAAGUUAUUCCAGGUACAAUAAUGAAUCAAUAUUAGUAAACUCUAUUAUUUAGUUGAG